GAUUUGGAUGGCAUGCAUAUUUAUGGCAUGAAAAAAGCAAAAGUACAUAAUGCAUUUCAGAAUCAUAUAAUAAGAAAAUAAAUUUUCAGGAUAUGGGAGAAGAAUAAAAACCUAUUUGAGCAAAAAACACCCUUGUGGCUUUUCCCUUUGAAAGCAAUAUCUCUGAAAAAAGUGAAUAUGAGAAGCAAUUGGCCGACUUAUAAAAAGAGCUGCUAACCGAAAUAGACAACCAGUUAAAAUUAAAAGACUUUGAAGAGAUAAAGAAAGCUGUAACUGAUUAGUUACAGUAUUAUCAACUAAAUGAUACUUUUAAUAUAGAUAAAAAGAAAGGUUUUAGUUACGAGAUAUAAAAAUUAGAAAGUAUUACCAAAAUUCUGUCAAAAACCUAUAAUUUGCUCCUGGAAUGGCAUACAAAAGAUGAACAGGUUAAACUGGUUAUAAUAAACUGGGCUAAGGGAUAUAAUAUACAAAUGGCAGAUUGGGAAAGGCUCUGGAAAAUAGAUUUAAAAUUCACAGCAUGUUGUACGCUGAAAGAAGAUUAUAUGAAAAUGAUUUAUCGAUGGUACUUAACUACUACUGAACUACCCAAAUGUAUAAAACAAGUUCAAAUAUUUGUUGGAAAUGUACGGAAAAGGAAGGUAACUUUCUCAUAUGUGGUGGACAUGCAAGACAACAAAAUCUUUGGGGGAAAUGGUAUACAAUGAACUAAAAAAAAUAUGUUUAAAAUAACUUCUGCUAAAAAAACCCAGAAGCCUUUUUAUUAGGAAUUACAGGUACCGAGAUUCCAAAAGACCAGAAAAGAGUUUUCAUGCAUGCGAGAACACGGAUGCUACUAGCCCAAAAAUGGAAGGAAGCAACAACCCCGAUGAGGGAAGAAUGGCAAUCCAAACUGCUGGACUUUGCUGAAAUGGCAAAACUAACCGGGAGACUCAGGAACCAAGAAGACAAGGACUUCAAAAAGGAAUGGGGGGAAAAUUAUAAUUUACUUAGGAGACCACUGCAAGCAAAUCAAAACUUUUGCUAUAAGAAUCACUUGUAAAGUAACAAAGAUUAUGGACAAUUUGGAAAAAUAAAAAUAGUGGAGAACGUAUUGAUAUGUAGUCUUAAUUAUUGAAAUAAGGAACCAGGUAGGGGAUGGGGUGAAGUCACAGAAUUCAGAGAAUCUCACAAAAUGAUUAUACAAAUUUUCUGAAUGUAAAUUUCUAUUGACAAAAAUUCAAAAAAAAUUCAAAAAAAUAAAAACAGAAUCAUACUGCCCAAUCUCAUUGAUAAACCAAGACUAAGAAGUCCACAUCAAACUUGGUUAACCGCCUAAAAAUCUUCCUACACAAAUGAAUUGCCUUGGACUAGGCAGGCUUUGUCCCUGGUCACAACCUACCAGACCCCAUGAGGAAAUUACCCACUCUGAUAGAAUACAGUAGAAAGACCAAACUCCCGACCAUCAUGUCCCUAGACAUCCUUAAAGCCUUUGAUUGCUUAGAAUGGAAGUAUCUAUUAGCAGUAUUAACUAGCAUGAAAUUUGGCCCCAACUUCCUACAAACCCUCAAACAAAUAUACUCUUAAAUAAUUUCUCUUCUCUCAGACUUUUGGCUAAUUAAAUAAUCUAUGGCCUUUUAGAAUAAUAGAAUUAUAGAAAUGUAAAGUUGGGAGGGACACCAAGGGUCAUGUAGUCUGACCCUGUGUGUGGGUGAUUGUUUUUGUUAUAGUGGUAUGUAUUUUUGUGUUUUUAUAUUGUAAACCACUCUGUGAACCUAGAAUGAAGGGCAGUAGAGAAAUUUCAUAAAAAAUAUUAAGAAUGGGAAAUAGCUAUGGCCCAGGAAUGGUGACUGCAUCAUAUUGCAACACGUUCUUGCUGAAUAAUGCUGCGAUUGCUAGCAGUAUUCUCUGCAGCCGGUCCUCCCCAUAUCUUUUCUUUCUUUCUUACAGUGCACUUCCUUGACACUUGCAAUGUGACUAUCCACCCUGAGGCACCUGCUGUGGAAUUUGGAGGUUCUGUGAAUCUGAACUGCACAACUACGUGUGCUAACUACACCCAGUUGGACUGGGAGGUGUCUGUUGGAGGAGGAAUGCAGAAGGGCGAUGGGUGGAUUUCCCUAAACAUCACCAAUGUGUCUGAAUGGGAACUUCAACCUAUAUGCAUAGUCCAAAGAAAAGGCUUUGAUUCCUUAGACACCAAUGUGGUCAUCUAUGUUUACCAGUUCUCAACCCCAGUUCUCAACCUUACUUCCAAGAUUGUGGCUAAUCACUGGGAGAAAAUUGUAUGCAGCAUCCCGAGUUUGAAAGUGAGAGGUUCCAGCUCCCCAUCUAAUGUCAGCAUCUUCCUGAAAAAGGGCAGUAAUAUCCUGAAGUGGGAGCGCAGCAUCUCUGUGGAGUACAGCUUUUUGGCUAAGCCUCAGGAGGAUGGGGAUGUCAUUCUCUGCGAUGCUAACCUCCAGGUGGGCUCAGAAGUACUGCAAAAAAGUGCAAACAGAACCUUGAAGAUUGUGGCCAGUCCAUACAAUGUGAACAUCUCAACAAAUUUCACGGUGUACAAAACUGGUGCAGCCCUUGUGGUGAAGUGCCAUGCAGAGGGAAAGCCCUUUCCAGAGUUUUCAUGGGAUCUCCCCUCCCAGACUGGCGUGGAGUACUCAGAUAACAAUAAGACCAUCACAAUCCCUUCAGCGCAAAAAUACCACAAUGGGACUUACCGAUGUCUAGUACAUAAUGUCUAUGGCAAUGGCUCAACAGAGGUUGACAUUCUGUAUGAAGAGGCGCCUCGCAGCUGGGUUGCAGUCUGGGUGAUCGUGUCGGUGUUGGUCUUGGGCAUCUUGGGCACCAUUUGCUACUUCCUAAAAAGAAGAUGAUCAUUGGGGAAGAAAGCUCAAAGUCUCAAAGAGACUGUUUUUGGCACAAUGGAGACGGCUAAAAGAUCCAUUUCUUAGCAAGCCCCCACAGAAGCAACCAAGAGAGGGAAUAAUUUACUGUGAUUCAGGAGAUGACAGCACUCGGCAGAACUAUAUGAAAUGAUUUAAUCUGCUACUAGCUGUAGACAAAAUCAGGGACUGCUUCUGUGAAGAGCGAUGGUGGAGUGAGCCACUCGGGCAGCCGGAGCAGUGCACAUGCUGUGCACCAGGGGGCGGAGCAUCCCGCCCAGGGGGUGCGAUCCGCGCAGUGGAUCACCACUGGGGGGAUUUUGUCACCCCUCCCCCAGGGAUGACACCCAGGGAGAGCUGCCCUCACUGCCCCCCCUUCCCACACCCCUGGUGAACAGCCAAGUACCUUUAGAGCAGCUGGAGUGGAUCUUAGAGCUCUGGCAGAGAAAACAUAUAGAAUAUGGCAUCAGACAUGGAAUUCAGCUGGAAAAGAAUCUGUGUAUUACUCAUAGGUGAGGGGAUCAAGUUUUCAGCCCUUAAGGAUGUGGAAAAUGUCCAUUGAAAUCUCAGAAGCUUAGUCUGGUUUGAUUAAAAAUCCCAGCCGCUGUGGGGAGACCUUCCCUAUGACUUGCAGCACCAGAAUAAAUUAUGCAAAAUAAGGUAAAUUUUGCUCCCCCCCCCAUUUAUGCAUUUAUACAGGUUGCUGAAUGUAACUUUCCUUGGUGCAGAUUUUGGGGUUCAGCAGCCCUUCUCUGCCCACCUUUCUCCCAAUAAAAUCAUUUAUUUGGUUAAACGUU